CAGGGGCGGGGCCGCCUAGGGGAUGAAGUGGGGGGCGCUCGGCUCUCCAGCCUCACUCGCAGCUGCGGGGAGCUGGGGAGUGUGGGCCCCGCCUCCGGACGGGCGCGCAGACCUCUGACCCUGGAGUCUCUCAGCUGCCGGGAACCGUCCCCUUGGGUCGUCGCCCGGGCCGCCCGCCGUUCCCCGGCCCCGAGGGGCCCGGCCGGCCACGGUGGGGGGAGAGGUCAGCAUGAGCCGGGGGGCCCGGCGGGCCGGCGCCGGGCAGGGGGCGGCGGUCGCAGUGCAGCUGCUGGUCACCCUGAGCUUCCUCCCGAGCGUCGUCGAGGCCCAGGUCACCGGAGUCCUGGAUGAUUGCCUGUGUGAUAUUGAUAGCAUUGAUAACUUUAACACCUUCAAAAUCUUCCCCAAAAUAAAAAAAUUGCAAGAGCGAGACUACUUCCGUUAUUACAAGGUCAAUCUGAAGAGACCAUGUCCUUUCUGGGCAGAAGAUGGCCAUUGUUCAAUAAAAGACUGCCAUGUGGAGCCCUGUCCAGAGGGUCUCACUGAUGUCCUCCACUCUUUUCUCAAGUCCAAGCAAAAUUCCAGUCGGAAUUAAAGCUGGGAGUUCUAAUAAGUACUCGAAAGUAGCAAACAAUACCAAAGAAUUAGAAGAUUGUGAGCAAGCUAAUAAACUGGGAGCAAUUAACAGCACACUAAGUAAUCAAAGCAAAGAAGCUUUCAUUGACUGGGCAAGAUAUGAUGAUUCACAGGAUCACUUUUGUGAACUUGAUGAUGAGCGAUCUCCAGCUGCUCAGUAUGUAGACCUGUUGCUGAACCCCGAGCGUUACACUGGCUAUAAAGGGUCCUCCGCAUGGAGAGUGUGGAACAGCAUCUACGAAGAAAACUGUUUCAAGCCUCGAUCUGUUUAUCGUCCUUUAAAUCCUCUGGCACCUAGCCGAGGAGAAGAUGGAGAAUCAUUCUACACGUGGCUGGAAGGUUUGUGUCUGGAAAAGAGAGUCUUCUAUAAGCUUAUAUCAGGACUUCAUGCUAGUAUCAAUUUACAUCUAUGUGCAAAUUAUCUUUUGGAAGAAACCUGGGGUAAACCUAGCUGGGGACCUAAUAUGAAAGAAUUUAAACGCCGCUUUGACCCUGUGGAAACUAAGGGAGAAGGUCCAAGAAGGCUUAAGAAUCUGUACUUUUUAUACUUAAUUGAGCUUCGAGCUUUAUCAAAGGUGGCCCCAUAUUUUGAGCGCUCAAUUGUCGAUCUUUACACUGGAAAUGGAGAAGAAGAUGCUAACACAAAAACCCUUCUACUGAAUAUCUUUCAAGAUACAAAGUCCUUUCCCAUGCACUUUGACGAGAAGUCCAUGUUUGCAGGUGACAAAAAGGGGGCCAAGUCAUUAAAGGAGGAAUUCCGCUUACAUUUCAAGAAUAUCUCCCGUAUAAUGGACUGUGUUGGAUGUGACAAAUGCAGAUUAUGGGGGAAAUUGCAGACUCAGGGUCUAGGAACUGCCCUGAAGAUAUUAUUCUCUGAAAAAGAAAUCCAAAAGCUUCCAGAGAACAGCCCAUCUAAAGGCUUCCAACUCACUCGACAGGAAAUAGUUGCUCUUUUAAAUGCUUUCGGAAGGCUUUCUACAAGUAUAAGAGAGUUACAGAAUUUUAAAGUCUUAUUACAACACAGUAGGUAAUAAAGGCUUUUGUCUGAUUAGAGACAUAAUCGGACUGUGUGAAGCCUGUUAGUCUUGGACAUUCAGCAGAAGGAGACUAACCUUCAAAGACUUGAAGAAGGAAUUCUGAACUCUUAAAGAAAAAAUUAAAAUGUUCACUUGAAUAUUUAUGAUUCUUAAUAGAUUGUCAAUUAGAGAUAUUUAUAAAUGAAGUAUAUACUUUUAAAACAUGUAAGUUAUACUAAUUGUGUUUAAUUUCAUGUUUCCAUCUGUUGAAAUAGUCUGCUAUUCUGUUUUAGAAUUGGUUUUUUCUUAUUCUGUCAUUCUUUAUUUCCAGUUGUCGGACUUAAAUGACCACUGUAAUAAACACUGUUAGCGGUCUGUUGUGGAAAGGAGAGCUAGAGAACAAAUGUUGCUUCGGGCUAGGAUCAGUGAUAGAAAUUUAUCAGUGAUUUUUCAGACGUGUCCUUCGCCUUGCCUGAUGUCACCUUCUGUAACCCGGAAGCAUCAGUGUAAUGAGUGGCCCUUUGAGUGUAUAGUUAUGGAAGGGACUGAAGAAUCCCCAGGGCUUCAACUUCAGUUUCACUGGUUUUUAUUUAAGAUUUUUAGUUGCUGUUGGUGGUGGUGUUUUGGUUUGGUCUAAAGGCCCUGCUUCAGUAAAGGUGAAUGCCUGCUGUCCCUCAGCUAGCUGCCCAGCCAGAUAGCCCUUGUGCCGUGGGCUGCUCCAGAGGAGUCUUUACUUAGAACCUAUACUAUGCAUCUGUUUCUUUUGAUUUUGCAUGUCUUUGUCCGUACUCCAAUUUUAGAAAAUUGUUGUUUACUUUGAGGAAAAAAAUUUGCAUAAAUACUUGUUUCACUUUGAUAAAAUUGGAAUGGGAUUAUAUGGAUUUAUAAUGCCACUUUAAAAUGAUAUACACAAAAUUUACUUUUAAAUUAAGCGUUCUUGAAGGAUUUUAUUUUAGAGUACAAUCUAUGCAAUCCUCUUUCAACCUGAAUUUCUUUGGUAGGUUAUUUAAACAGGUAGAUGAAUUCGAGCCUCAUGAAGCUUCCCCUCUCCCUGACUUUCUUUUCAGUUAGGUUCAUUGUAUAUAAAUGGUACUUUGUGUGACUUGUACCAACAGAUGACCUUCAUGUCCUAAGCUCAUUUUCUAAAGCUGGGAUUUAAAUAUCCUCCAAUAUUUAAAAUAUUCUUUUAAAAGCUGUUAGAGAUAGAAUGUGAUUAACUUGGAAGGAGGCAUCUGUGUAGAAGUAAUGCGGGUACAAAACCUAGAGUUCCUCCUUCGACUCUUCAGUCUUUUAUGAAGUAAGUGCUCUUAAACCUGUACCUUACCUGCCAGAGUCUGAAAUGUGUUCAUCGAUGAUUUAGUGGUGUAUUUUAAACUGUAUUUAGUUGGCUCACCCCUCUUUUAAAAAUAUUUGGUCAUCCCUUGGGAGGGAUGUGGUUGAAAGGAGUAAGGUCUCACGGAUUAUUUUCUUACCCAGUUUCAACCUUUAUAGACCCAGGGGUUUUUGUUGUUGUUGAUGGUGGUGACUUUUUUUUUUUUUUUUGGUUAAGUCAAAUAAAACAGGCCGGCUUGAUUGGAGCCUUCUCCACUUUUUCUUUUCAUUUUUAGGGAUGUAAGUAUUGUGUGGUAGGAGAGGGGGACCCCAAGGUAAACUUGUCUAAAAAGUGAAUAAUCUUGUUGGUAAAUUCAUAAGAAUUAUUCUUAGUAUUCAUUCAGAGUUUAAGAAAAUGUGAAAGUUUUGCACUUUGUCUAUUAUUACUGUAAGUUUAAGAAUCUUUUUGGUAGUGUUACUUCACUGUUCCCUCAGUUAAAAGCUAUUAUUUAAAUUCUGUUUACUGGAGAAAAAUCCUUGGUCAUUUCCAGUGAUUUUUUUUUUUCUUUACUGUGAUUUGUUUCAAGCUUAGGAAAAAUUGUGUGUUAGAGUGAGUUCUAGGAAACUAAAUGGUUAGUAUAAAAAGUUCUUUUCAAAGUUGUAAUGAAUUUUUGCACCACCAAGAAAAUAAACAAAUGAAGUAUUCUUAAGCUGAAAUUUAUCUGAUUAACUUGGUUUUACCACAAAUUGGGUUGUUGGGGGGCAGCCUACAUUUUUGUGUCUGUAUUUCUUAAAUGAUUGUGUAGGUGUAGGAAUCUUUGUUUUGUGAGCCUGGUGAUACUGUAUCUUUGUGAUAUAACCUGUUUUUCCAAGUCCCAGACCCUUUGUUCUACAGGGACACUAGAGGACCGACUGCCUUGCGAAAACGCUUGGCUGAUAAUUCCUCUCUCAUUUUGUCUUUAUCUUGUCACCUAAUUUAAAAGUCCAGCACUUGAUAAUAUAACUGACAGAAAUGAUUGUACCAGCUGACAAAGUAAGGAAAAUGAAGAAAAGGAAAAGAACUCCUUCCUUCAAUGGCAUGAGUUUCUUUUCCUUAAGUGGCAUCUAUGUAAGUUAGAAAUACUAUAUAUUAAAAUUGAUAAAAUUUG